AUGGUGGCCCUGGGUCUGACUCUGGCAGUGCUUUGGGAUUGUUCUUUAGCUGGGGGUGUCACUGGGAGCCCAGCUCCCCGGGAAUGCCGUGAGGCAGAGCCUGGCACUGCUGGAGCAACGCUGGAGCUGCAGCACAGCGAAGGAGGAGGAGGCUGCUGUGACCCCCUCUCUUCCUGCUCCUGCAGCAUUUCCGAGCCCCCUGAGCAGCUCCUGCAGGUCGUUCCAGGGGGUCCCAAGUUUCCACGUGCUGAAGAAUUUAGUGUGAACUGGAAAAACUGGGCAGAGCCUGAGCUCAGAUGGGCGCUGGGGAAUUCCCCUUUGAAUGUGCUGGGGGGCUCUGUGCUCCAGGAUGUGGCUGAGCCCAGGGAGGAUGUGGGGAGUGAGAGCCUGGCAGCCAGCCCGAGCCCAGGCAGUGUGGAGGACGUGUACGAGCUGCUGGAGAAGCUGGGCAGCGGCCACUUCGGCGUGGUGAGGCUCUGCCGUGAGCGCGGCACCGGCGCCUUCUACGCCGCCAAAUUCGUGAGGACGCGGCGGAGCCGGGGCGGCCGCCGGGGGCUGGAGAGGGCGCAGGUGGAGCGGGAGGUCGCCAUCCUCCGCCAGCUCGAGCACCCCAACAUCAUGCGGCUCCACGACCUCUUCUCCAGCAGAGCUGAAGUGGUGCUCGUCCUGGAGCUGAUCGGCGGUGGGGAGCUCUUUGAUUUCAUUGCCGAGAAGGAGAUGCUGUCAGAGGAGGAGGCCGUCGAGUUCCUGGGGCAGAUCCUGAGUGGGGUGCAAUACCUGCACGCUCGCCUCAUCGCCCACUUCGACCUCAAGCCCGAGAACAUCAUGCUGCAGGAGAAGGGCGUCCCCAAGCCCUGGAUCAAGAUCAUCGACUUUGGGCUGGCCCAGCAGCUGGAGGAUGGCACCACCUUCAGGAGCCUCUGUGGGACCCCCCAGUACAUUGCUCCUGAAGUGAUCAAUUACGAGCCACUGAGCCCCGCGACCGACAUGUGGAGCAUUGGAGUCAUCACCUACAUUCUGCUCAGUGGCCUGUCCCCCUUCCAGGGUGAGACGGAUGCUGAGACCCUCUCCAACGUCGUGGCCGGCGCCUACGAGUUCGAGGAGCGCUGCUUCAGCCAGACCUCGGAGAUGGCCAAGGACUUCAUCCGCCAGCUCCCGCAGCGCAUGACGGCGGCCGAGUGCCUGGUGCACCCCUGGAUCAAGCGCUGCUGUGAGAGCGACCCAGAGGAGGAGAGGAGCCCCCGCACGGCUCUGCUGCGCCGCCGGAGAAGCAGCUGCUCCUGA